CACACACACACACACACACACACACACAGAGAAUCUCCCCCACCCCAUGUAACGAGGCCUUUAAAUAGGGCCAGUCUUCGCCUCUUCGACCUCUGUGUCGCAUCCUAGCCGCCGGCAACUCAUCUUCACAAGGUCUCCUCAAGCCCUAAGACCCAGACUCCUCAGCAGAAAUGGAGCGUACCUUCAUUGCCGUGAAGCCCGAUGGUGUACAGAGGGGACUCUGUGGUGAGAUCAUCAAGCGCUUCGAACAGAGGGGUUUCAAGCUCGUCGCUGCUAAAUUUCUGCAGGCCUCUGAGGACCACAUGAAGAAGCACUACCUAGACCUGAAGGACAUGCCAUUCUAUGCUGGUCUCUGCAAAUACAUGUCCUCUGGACCAGUCUUUGCCAUGGUCUGGGAGGGUCAGGGUAUUGUGAAGCUGGCCAGGAUGAUGCUGGGUGAGACCAACCCUGCAGACUCCAAGCCCGGCAGCAUCCGUGGAGACCUGUGCAUCAACAUUGGCAGGAACAUCAUCCACGGCAGCGACACCCUGGAUAACGCCAAGCUGGAGGUGGACCUAUGGUUCAAACCCGAGGAGUUUGUCAACUGGACCCCCAGCGCUCAGCCCUUCCUUUACGAGUAAACUUCAUCUCACUGGAGCUCUGCAGACCCACUGACCUCACCCUCGCCACAGUAGACCCUCUGACUUGGUCGUCACCAAAUAUAUCCGCAACAUGUAGCACUGAUCAAUAAAGUCUUAUGUUAACAAG